CUCCACAUACUAGCAAGGAGUCAAAUUGACUCCACGUCUGUGGCUACGGGUUAAGAAUAAUACUCCGUCCUUUCGCGAUUGGGACAGCAUGUAAACUUGUAAAUGCUGAAUAUAUCAUAGAAAGAUUACAACCGUUCUCAAAACAACAAAAAACUAAUAAAAAAGUCUUUCAGGAUAAAUUCUUUUGGAAUAUAUAGAAAAGGCUGAGUCGCCUCCUUGCUAUUCCUGUUCAUAUUCUAGCUAUUGGAAACAACUCCAUUAGAAUUGUAUUUGAUCGAAAUACGUAUGGAAAAAACAGCUAAACCAUCCCGAAGACAGAAAAUACAGAGAAUUAUGUCUAUAGAUGCUGGCUCCCAUAAGAUUCUCCAAACCUUAAACGGACAUAAAAGUGAUGUAACCUGCUGUGAUUUCUAUACAAAUUUUACCUUAGUUACAGGAUCGAGUGAUAAGACUGUACGAGUAUGGGACUGGCAACCCGGUUCCGGAUUCGUCGAAAGACCGAACUCCCCACUAAAAGGACACAAAUACCAGGUGACUUGCGUAAAGAUUUCUCCGCAGGGCUCAAUGCUGGUUAGCUCAUCGGUCGACGGGACUACCGUCCUUUGGAAUACACACUCGUGCGCGAAGCUGUUCACAAUGAGCCAGAUAGAAGGGAACCCUGUCCGAGUAUGUAGGUUUUCUCCAGAUAGCGCGAUUCUAGUGACAGGUGGAGACAAUGGCGCUGUCUGUGUAUGGGAUUUGGUACAUCGUAGUCUUAUAAAGACUCUGUUUGAGCACGAAGGUACUACUCAGUCUCUAGCAUUUACUCCAGACUCUCAAUAUUUGGUAACGGCCUGUUCUUUGGAAGUCAUGAAGAUAUGGUACGUCCAAGACCUCAUCGAUACAACGACAGAUACUUGCACUGCCAUUGGACGUGUGGACAAUGCUCACGAUAUGGGCGUGUUUUGUGUGGACAUUUCCAAUCGGGUCACUUUUGACGAAGAAAACCCCUUAAUCCGUCGUUACAAACUAGCAACAAGCGGCAACACCAACGAAAUCAAAAUAUGGGAAAUAACGGCCACAUCGACGUUAAAACACAAGACGAACAUCGCUCACCAAGUCACCGUCCAACUAUCCGAUACCUACAGUGGGCAUACAUCUUCGUUGACUUGUAUCAAGUACAGUCAUAAUGGCCGGUACCUGGUGUCUUCCGGACUGGACAAAUUGGUCAAGAUCUGGGACCAAUCCGGCAACUGCAUCGCCACGUUGGAGGGACAUCGACGUUACGUCAGCUGUGCGACGAUAUCCAGAGAUAUGUCGCUUAUUGCUUCGGGUUCCAACGAUAAACUGAUCAUCAUCUGGGACCUGUCUGGAAACCUAACGCUGGACUCGGAGCUCCGUCACUCGCACAACUCAGUGUCAGGUGAAAGUGGCCUUCAUGAAUCCGCCCUGGCACAGAACUUGGACUCCAGUGCUAACGAGGUGGUUGUUUUGGAGAAAAAUGACGAAGUAGCAGACGGGGCUGUGAACAGUUGUCAUUUUCAUGGAAAGGACUUACUAGCUAUCGGUUCAGGCGAUAAGCUGAUAAGGAUGUUUAAAGUGAAAGAAGGAAAUAACUUGAUCGAUGAACUAUCCAUUUCUCCAAUUGAGGGACAUACAUAUGCGAUAAACCAUGUUGAAUUCUCAACAAGUGGCCAAUAUCUAGCGUCUUGUUCUUUAGAUGGAUGCACUACAAUAUGGAACACAACAACCGGCGAAAAACACAUAUCAUUACCAGAAAAUGGAAUGUCGGUGAAGGUAUGCAGAUUUUCGCCAAACGAGGAGAUGGUUGUAACAGCUGGAGAUGAUGAAAAAGGCAUGAUUUGGGACUUGGCAUCAAAAGAUAAAAUUGGGACCUUAGAAGGUCACCUGGACGCUGUCCCAUCAGCCUGCUUCUCCCCAGACAAUUUGUUGGUAGUAACAGUGUCUUCAAAUUCUGACUUCAGAGUUUGGUGCGUAGAUGACCUCAAGUGCCUAUACGUCAAAGAAGAUGCCCACGAUUUGGGCAUACAGUGCUGUGAUAUGUCACAAAAUUUAGAACCCAUUCCUAAUACAAUAACGGACACCCAGUCCUGUUUGUUAGCUACCUGUGGAAAUGACAGUCUUGUCAAACUUUGGCGACUUACUAUACCAAAGCAAGAUGACGAGCUCCAAUUCGCCGACAUCGAAGUGAAACUAUGGCGUUCACUUCAAGGACACGGCGGCAACGUGCUCUGCGUCAGAUUCUCGCCAGCGGUCAGCGAGUUUGUAUGCUCCACUGCGACGGAUAGACAAGCGAGAAUAUGGUCCGUAUACAGCGCCACCUGUCUCUACGUUCUCGACCACGAUUCAAUCGUUACUGCAUGCUCGUUCAAUGCGGACUGUUCGCUAUUAGCAACCGGAUGCCAAGACAAGACUUUGUGGAUGUGGAAGCUUCCGGAACAACUGGUUUUCCAGACUGUGGUGGCGAACAAAAUUCACUGUAGAACGAAACAGGUUAUGGAUUGGUCGAACGCUGAUGUUGUCAAAUGGUUAGAAGAAAUAAAGAUGCAAGAUCUAGUUAAAAUGGUUCAAAAUACAAAGCUUGACGGACAAAAGCUAUUGACACUUUCUGAGGAGGAGAUAUGUAGCGGACUAGAACUUAACGAAGAAUCGGCAGAACGCAUAUCCAAGGAACUUCGCUGGCUAAAGAAAAGCGAACGGCACAUGGAACGAUCUAGCACCACGGACAUUCCGCACGAAUUCCUGUGUCCAAUCACGCACGAGAUCAUGCGAGAACCAGUGACGUGCAGUGAUGGGUUCACAUACGAGAAGAGGGCAAUCGCAGAAUGGUUCAUGUCUGGAAAAUACACCAGUCCUAUGACCAACGAGCACCUUGCUAAUACAGACUAUACUCACAAUUUAGAACUGAGGAACGCUAUACACGAGUUUUUGGACCAUAGCGAAUGUGAUGAAGAGUCAUAAUACGUUUUGAACUAAUUUUAGUUUCAUAUACAGAUAGAUCCUAUGAAACACGUCUGUAAUCAUGAAUAGAACAGUAUAUAAUUCGUGAUGCUACUUGUUAAAUUACACAGACUUUGCCUUGUAUUCGUGCCUAUAUUUAACAUAACAAAAUAACUUGAAGAAAACGAUGAUUUUGUGAUAUUCAGUAUGAGUGUUCUGACCGAUGUUAUCCUUAUUUAUCUUUGCCUAUCUUGCAAUCUUCAUCAGGCGGGAAAAUGCAUCUUCAGAUUUAGUUGUAUGUUUCUCGUAAACCAUUUCUUAGAUAUUAAGCAAUGCCAUUAAAUAUAGCGUCAACAGUAUCAAAAGCAAACAUCUUCAGUGGGCAGUAUCAAAAAUAUGGGACCAACUAGCUUGCAUGCCUAAAAUAAAUAAUUCUAGUAAAUAUGCCUAAAACAUGUAUUUAAAGCGAAGGAAAGUUCCUUUUAACACCACCGCCUUAUAUGAUACAUUACUUUAUUGCUUGUAUGUGGAAGAAUGCAUAAAAAUUUCUUGAAACGUCUGCCUGUCUUAAAAGAGUUAUUAUUUUCACAGCGGAAAUAACCGACAAAGAUGUGAUAGUUAAACUGAGAGGCAGACAGGCAUUUAUCAUUUAAGGUUAAAAAUAUAUGCUAUAGACGCUGACGUGAUCUGUACCUGUAUAUAAAUCAAACAUGUUUGUAAUGAUUUUUCUAAAAGUUAUUUUAGGAGUUUCACCUCGGAAUGAGAGAUAAUAAGCCGUAAGCUCGUUGAAACCUUUAUUUUGUCAUUCUAAAAGUGGUUCCAAAAGUCUCGGAAAAUCUCGUGUCGUUUUUUUUCAAAGAUCUCUGUUUCUAUGGUUUUAAUGCUAUAGUUGUACUCCCCACGAAUAUUGUAGAUAAUAAAAUCCUUUACAACUAUUUUUCAAACAUUUUUUUCAUACAAUUAACUGUUUUUGACAUAGUGCUCCAGCUCAAAAACGGUCAAUUGGAUGAAAACAUGUUUGAAGUUAAGGUUGUAAAGAAUUUUAUUUUCUACAAUAUUCAUAAUAAAUACAAUUAGCAUUAACCUCAUAGAAAGCGAGAUCCGUGACAAAAAAAACGAUUUUUGUGACUUUUAAUAUCCCAUGUCGCGGACACAACUUUCUAUUAGAAUCUUGCGACAACUUUCACAAUGGCAAAAUAAAUGUUUCUACAAGCUUACAGCUUAUUAUCUCUCAUUCCGAGGUUGAUACUUUUUUACGUCUUAUAUAAUUGAACUAAAUACGGAACUACAUAUUGCAAUAAUAUGCAUAAAUGCAUACACAGGAUGCCUCAAUGUUAUUUCGGCCCAAACACUUUGUAUAAAAGAGGAGCCAUGGUUUUAGCAUCCAAUAUAGUAAUAAAAUAUUAUAGUCCUUUGGCUGUGUGAUAGAAGCUUCUAAUUUUUAAUGAUAGGCACUAUAGCUUUAGUAAUUACUUCUGUUAAACUAUUUGAUAUGUAGUUGAACAAUAUCUUUGCAGGUGGAUAUUAAAAACAAUUAUUUUUGUAUUUACACCAUUGUAUGGUUGUCAAAAUUAUCGAAACAUCUUUUGUUAUGUUUAAUUAAUUACAAAAGCGCGGUAUGACUCAAACAGAGUCGUUAAAAAGGUUUGGUUAAUUUUGACCACUAUAUUUCAAAGAAUUUACAUUAAUUAUUGUGCACAUGACACCAUCUAAC